CCCUAACAACACUCCAUCUCCAACUACAUAAUGUGCCCGCCUACAGCUUGGACGACAACCUACGCCUGGUAUGGAGUCCGAUGUGGUGCUUACAUUCGGUCACCACAACCUACAUAGAACCAAUUCCAAUAUUUCAUUAUCGAGGAUUGCCAACCGGGAUCUCUGGUGGUCCCCGUGAUGCGGGUAUGGCGAAGGAGAGAGUGACAGUCUCUGGCCGGCUGCUGUAUCUUGAUGGCUUCACAAUUGUGCCUUUAUUACCCCGUGCUGAGACCCAAAAUCUUUAAAAUUGCCCUCCUGCAUCCGACAUUUCGUCCUUCUUGUACUGUCUUCAAUCGACUGUGCAAAUUAUUGUUCUACAUCAGUGUUUCCAUCUUCACCACUUACAUCCAUCUAAUCCCAUUCAAAUUGAAGCAAAGCAGCUUCAUCUGUUAUAUCUAAUCUCAUCAUAAUCAAAGGAACAAAAAUAAUAUCCAGAUUCUAAUCAAGCAAAUUACAGAUCACAAAUUCUCAGCCAAUCAAGAUUGCCACCGGGCACCAUGCAGCACGGUGUCUUAUUCGUACUACUGUUUAAUUUCUCGCGGUUAUGGUUUAUAGCAGCCCCAGAUCCGAAGCCGACUGGUAGAGGGCCAAGACGACUAGCUAGCACGACCAGUCCCACAGCCCCGAUCGUCAAUAAACCGCUGAUGGGAAUCGGUAGUAGGGGAGACAGUAUGAAUAAUCCUACGUAUAAAGCUCUAGUCACUAAAUAUUUCUCAGUCAUCACGCCCCAAAAUGAAUUAAAAUGGGGUUCCCUGGAGGAAAAUCCGAAUGCCCCGGUCAAAACUGCCGAUGCUGAUCAAUUCCUACAAUACGUCACGAGUACCAACAAACAGCUUCGCUUGCACACUAUGUUUGCUCGGUCACAAUAUCCAGGCUGGAUUGAGAGUGUCGACAAAAACUAUUUGAGAAUGAAAAUGGACAAUAUCUUAGGAAUAGUAAUCAAGAGAUAUGGUGCAAAGGCGGAGGCGAUGGAUGUGUGUAAUGAGAUCCUGGACAACAAUGGAAACCCGGACAACCUCCCCUUCAAGCGAAUCCUAGGUGACAAUUGGUAUGAAGAAGCGUUUCAAAUGGCUAAGAAAUACCGUGAUCAGUACGCUCCACAGAUGUUGCUCUUCAUUAAUGAGGUGGGGAUUGAGCAUAUAAACCCCAAGUCAAAUGCCAUGCUUGCAAUAGCUACCAGGCUUCACAAGCAAAAGCUUUUGGAUGCUGUAGGAUUCCAAUGUCACUUUCCUGCAGGUCAUAUCCCACGUAAAGUCUUGCAGAAAAAUCUGGAGCGUUUUACAGCAGUAGGCUUGAAGGUAGCCCUGACUGAAAUCGAUAUCCGGAGUCAGUUGAAUGGCCAGCCGCGGGCCAGCCCAACAGACACAGCAGCAAAAACAAGAGAUUAUGGAUUCUUUUAUGAGACAUGUAGGAAUGUUACGGGAUGUGUAUCAGUUACAUCUUGGGGAUUAACCCCUGCUGACUCCUGGGUGGGGCUCACCAAAGACCCAGGAUGGGGGGAUGCUACUCUUUUUGAAAAUGAUUUCAGUCCAACUCCAGCAAUGAACCUGCUCAUCAAGAAAGGGUUUUUCCCUAAGUGACCCAAUCUCAAAAGCCAUCAUUUCAUCACAUCAACAGGAUGAGAGGCAAGGCAAAGGAUGUGCCACCUAACCUUGAUCAUUUUAAUGUAUUUAUCUACACAUCAGAUGAU